AUGCCCUCACCCACGGCCAAUAAAAGUUCUGCAGAGCGGGAGGAGCCGGAGGCGGCGCCUGCGCCGACGAUCACCUCCGCGGUGCCCUACACGGCGGAGGAGAAGGCCUGCCUGCUGGCGUACCUGACGGCCCCGCCGCAGGAGCAGCAGGAGCAGCAGCGCCGCGACGGGGACGCCGCCUGGGCGGCGAAGACGCUGCCGCUGCUGGCGUCGAUGGUGGCGAAGGUGCUGCGGCUCGCCGCGGACAACUACGAGGACGGCGGCACCGCGGGCGCCUCUGCCGCUGACGCGCCGGCCGCCGAGGAGGAGGCGCCGCGGCGCAGCGGGUCCACCGCGCCGAGCAAGAUGGAUUGCUUCCUCGAGGAGAACGCCUACUUCCUGGAGCAGCUGCAGCUGCAGUCGUGGCCCUUCUUCACGCUGCCACGGCUGUGCGAAAUCCUCGCCAACCCGUUCAUGUACAACAGCGACGCCUCAGGAAAGCUGCGCGGCGCGAAGCUGCAGGCGGCUGUGCGACGUUGUGUGCUGGCGUCGGCCCCGCUCUUCGCCGUGCCGUCCCCACUCAUGUCCAUGAGUGAGGUGAAUACCGGCUAA